UACUCGUUCCGUUAUAAAGCGACCAGGUACUUGGUGAAGACGGUGAGGUGACAGCACACUUCACCAGGAGACCUGGUUAAGAGACUCGUAGCACCACACUACUGUCACCACCACCUGAGACCUGCACCACCAGCUGAGGUCACCACCAGCUGAGGUCUCCACCAGCUGAGGUCACGACCACCCGACGUUACCACCAGCUGAGGUGAACACCAACUGAGGUCACCAUGUUCGUGCCAGUUCUGCUGGUCAUCAACCUCUUGACGCAGGUGGAGGCCGGUAAGUCAUCGUGCCCUGAGCCCUUCGUCAGGAUCGGGGAGGGCUGCUACUACUUGUCUCAGACGGCAAUGACGUGGAGCGAGGCGCGGGGGUACUGCCAGGACCUCCUGCCAGGGGAGGACGCCGACCUGGCCGUCUUCGAGACCUACUGCAACGACUACUCCCACAUAGCUUCCUACGCCCUUAAUACCGAGACGCCCUACUUAUGGGUGGGUGGCACGGACGAGGGCCACGAAGGCUUCUGGAACUGGGUGGAUGGACGCCCUGUUAACCUGCUGGCCACUUACUGGAGAGAACAUGAGCCAGAAUCCAACACAUCAUAUAAUUGCAUUGCAUUUGAAUCCAUCUAUGAAUCCAUCAAUAGGAUGCGCCUCACUAGUUACUCCUGUUCUAUCUCAGAACUCUUCCUGUGUCAGCUGGGUAUUCACGCCCUGAAAUAGUUCAUGAAGUGGUGUUAUGUAAACCCCGGCACGUCAAGCUGAGUGUAAACACACAGAUACACACACACACACACACACACACACACACACACACACACACACACACACACACACACACACACACACACACACA